AGGAGGAGGAGGAGGAGGGACGGCUGCUCAGGUAACUCUCGCUCUCACAUCACCUGGAUCGCUCACACCGCCAUCCGCUCUCUCCGCCGCCGCACGCACCUCGCUAGCCCUCCUUGCUGACCCCUAACCUGACCCCCCCCGGCACUGCUGACCCCACCUGGACCCCCCACCUCCCCUCUCUGACCCCCCAUGAACCCCCUUCCGCUGACCUACCUAGCCGCUGACAAGUUCGGGACACGUUGAAAAGUUUGUCUGUUUGUUGGUUUCUGGUUCACGUUUCUUCGCGCUGACCUGUUGCGUGUGACCUGUUGAUGACCUCGCGUGACCUCGUGAGUUUGACCUGGUUUUGGACGUGUUUUUGACCUUGGGAUGCGAAGUGAGGAGAGGAAAUGGUGUGAAUGGUGACGAAACUAAAGAAAAAGUGCUAAUGUUGCAGUGGAAGUGAACGUAAAUUAGCGGAACGGAACUGCGGAUCAAAAAAGAACGGAAAGAACGGAACGGCGGAACUGUGAACGAAAAGCUAAGGAAAGGUGGAACAUUGAGAAGUGGAACGAAAAGAAACAAGGAAACGGUGGAACAUUGAGAAGUGGAACAAUAGGAAACAAGGAGGCGGUGGAACAUUCAAAAGGGGAGCAAAAAACACGAGAGCGGUGGAGCGGUGACCAGUGGAACGCUAAGAGGGACAGCGGAACAGAACCGUGGAGAGCUUGAAAGUGGAACGGUGGAAUGAUCGGGUGUUGACUUGUGGGGCGGUGGAUUAACGGAAGAGAAACAAGAAAAGGGUGGCACAAGUGGAACGUUAGCGAACCAAAACAAGUGGAAAUAAAAAAGCAACUGAGAGAAUGAAAAAAAUGAAGGAAAAUAUAUAUAAUCAGCGGCGAAUAAGUGAAUGAACGAGGGGGAAAAGGAGAGAUAGAAAGAUAAAGAAUGCGAUGUUGAGAAAGGAAUAGGAAGUAACGAGGAAGAAAAUGAAGGACACUGCGAAGGAAUGAAUAGAGAAAGUAUAAAGAGGAACAUCGCGUUGAAGCUCCCAGGGAAAAGAGGAAACUAAACAUUCACUUCAUUUAUACCUGGAAAAAGGAUUGGAACCUGUCACAAACUCGCAAAGGGAUUGAGCAGUUAUAAGGAAAGACAAUCCAAGACGCUAUUUCGCAGUAUGAGAAAAGAAACGACCAAUAAAACUAAGGAACUACGGAACUAACUACGAACUAAUGAGCUAAAAACAGACACAAGGAGGAGAGUUAUCAAGAGGAAACCCAAAGUGAGAACCGUCUUCCGAAAAAUAAGUUAAUCUUCUUCCUCUCCUUCGUGAAUCUACAUUUUGACCCUCUUAAUCUCUUUCUCCGCCUCUGUGUCUCGAUAACAAGUGACAAUCAGCGACCAGAAACAUUAAAAGCGAAAGAAAACUAAAUAAAAGAAGAAAUAAAAGAAAAGAACAGAGAAAAUAAGUAAAAUGAGCGACGAAAACAAUGAAAUCUCCCCUACAUCACAUGAAUUCGAACCCUUUGCCUGUGUUGCUGUAUAGACGAAGUGAAGAGAGAGACAAAAAAUAUAACCUUUAGAAUGCUUUGAGACUCACGCUUCUAAACAUACAACUUUCCUUUCCUUAACUUUCCUUCACUUAUACUUUUGUUUCGCUUAGAUAAGUGUCAGAGGCGUAUGUGUGAUAAAUAAAUGAUAGAUAUAUAUAUGUAAACAAAACUAGAUCGAUAAAGUUAGUUGUUAUAGACGUAUACGAGAGCUCAGUGUUAAUCUAUAUAUAUUUUGGUGUUACUUGUUAGGUAGAAAUUAGCGAAAAAACAUUUAUUGUAAAGAACUUAAAGUAGAGAUGAGUUUAUAAACUUUCGAUAGACCAGACGAAAUCCUAAGCACAAACAAACAAACCAGCAAACAAACAAACACCAACUACCUCGCAAAAUCAAAAUUAGACAAAAGGAAAAAAAAAACAGGUGAGGGAAAAAGGUAAACAUGAACAGAGAAAGAUAAAUGAAUAAGUGAAAGAAAACAUAAGAAUUGAAAUAAAGUCUAGAGAAUUGAAAAACACGAAAAAUAGACAGUUUGAGCGAAAGAAAAGAAAGACGAUGAAUUGAUAAAAACAAACGUAAAAGAAAAGAAGUGUAUAAAACUAGAAAAAGAGAACACAAACAAUAAAGAGAAGAAGCUGAAUAAAACUAGGAAAAUAAUAAAAACAGACUAAAAAAGGAGAAAACAAAAAGAGAGGAAGAAAAGACCCUGAAUUGAUGAGAAAAGGAAAGUGGAAAAAAAACUUAAAACUUACCAAAAAAAAAAGAAAGAAUGAUAAAAUAACAAACCAAAAAAAAAAAAUAACCCAAGACUAUGAAAAGAUAAAACAGACAAAAUAAACACGUACGAAAUCUAAAAUAAAGGAAAAAAAUGUUAAAAUAAUUCGAAAAAAGGAGGAAAAGAGGAAACCAAACCCACAUGUAACCUUAUUAGUGUAAAAAGACAGGAAAUGAAGGAAAUACAAAACUGACCUAAAAAUAAAGAAAAAAGGAGGAAGAAGAAAAGGAAGGAAAGAGAAAACGGGGCAAGAAUGUAAUGAGAAGAAAACUGAAACCCGUCCAAUUAAAAAACGAGAAGGAAAGAGAAGGAGAGAAGAGGUGAGAAAUUGAGAGAUAAGAGAAACGAUAAGAAAGAACGAGAGGGAAAGAGAAGGAGAAAGAUAAAGAGAAAGAAAGAAGAGGUGAUAAAUUAAGAGAUACGAGAAACGAUAAUAAAAAAAAUAAAAAAUUAAGGAAGGAAAAAACUUCUUACUUGAAAAAAAUCGAUUAAAAGGAAAGAAAGAAAAAAUAAAAAGAGAAAGAAAAAAUCGAAAAAGGAAAUAAAAUAAAAAAGGGAAAGAGGAAAACAAAUCGAAAAAAGGAAAGACAGAAAAAAAUAAAGAGAAAGAGAAAAAAAAAGGAAAGGCAAAAUAAGAAUAGAAAAAAUUAAAAAAAAAGGAAAAACAAAGAAUAAAAAAAAAGAGAAAGAGAAGAAGAGAAAGUUAAAAGAUAAACGAAACGAAAAACGAAAACAUAUCAAGAAGGAAAACAGAGAAACUUUCACUCAAGUAAACAAAAAUAACGAGAAGGAAGGAGACAGAGAAAAGACAGAAAUAGAACAGAAAGAGAGAGAAAAAAAGAUGAGAUAAACAGAGAUAAAGUUACGAGACAAAAUAAAUAAGGAGAAAAAAAAGAGAAGGAUACAGGAGAGAAAGAUUAAAGAGACAGUGACGGAGAAGAGAGAUAAAGAAGGAAAGAGGGAGAGAAGGAGACAUUGCUGAAAAUAGAAGAAAAGAGAGAUAGAAUAAUUGACGGAACAGACAAAUAGAAGAUAAAAAGGAAAGAGAAAAGGAGAAAAACACACACAUAGAAGACAGAAUAAAGCAGGAAACAAGAAAAAAAACGAGAGAAAAAAAGACAAACACAAAUAAAAAAUAAAAAAAAUUAAAUACGAGCAAACUAUAGACGAAAGGAAAGAAACCACAUAACCAUUGACGCAGCAACCUAACACCACACCUAUUCACCACAACCACCAUCACUACCACCAGCACCACCAUCAUCAUCACCCUCAGAGCCGGAGCAGAAGGAUCGAGGGAAGUCCUACUGAGUCCUACAGGAUUAUUCGACGUCCACAGGAAACCUAACAAGUCCUGCACGGGUUAAUUGGGUUCCCCCUUACACCUGCCCACCCUCAUUCCCAGCAGUAGGCAGAGUGAGGCAAUGAGAGUGAGUGAUUCUGCAUAGUCUACUUGAACUCUGAGUUCCUCUUGCUUUCUCUUGACUUGCGGUGCUGGAGGCGGAAGAAGCAACAGGAGGGGGAGAAGGAGGAAGAGGAAAGGCAAGAGGAAGACCCGGGAGUAAGAGGAGGAGGAGGAGAAGGAGGAGGAGGAGGAGGAGGAAACAGGAAUGGCAGCAGAAGCAGUAGGGACGAGGAGGAGGAGGACGAGGAAGGAGGAGAGGACCUUGUGGUGAGGGGAAGAGUAAAGAGGAAGAGGAAGAGGAAGAGGAAGAGGGCAGAAUGCUGGUCCUCGCUCUCGGCCUUGUGCUCACCGUUGCCCUUCUUCUUGCGUUCCUCUCCAGCGCGUUCAUCUUCUUCAUCAUCCUCACCAGCAAACAGUACAAGAACAGCACCAGCCUGCUCCACCUGCAGCUGAUGGUGGCCGGCGUGCUGCUGUCCCUGCUGUUUGUCAUUUUCUCCACGCCUUCCAUCAUCCAGGGUCGAUGGCUGCUGCAGCGAUCACUGUGGGCAGAGGACACCUCGGGGGACGCCUCGGACCCGGGCCUGGACGCCAAUGACUCAUUGUCUUCCUCGGCGGAGCUGCAGCAGCAGGGCGGCGCCGGCAACACGAGUGGCGGCGCCGGCAACGCGAGUGGCGGCGGAGCGGCGGGGGACAGUCUGGAGCAGAGCGACGUGGUGUGCCGCAUGUACGGCUUCCUGCUGGUGACGCUGCACACGGUGGCGGUGUGGGUUGUGGUGGGGCUGCACUGCGAUAAGUACUGCGCCAUCGCCACGCCGCUACGCUACAACCAGGUGGUGACGCGGCCGCGGGUGGCGGCGUGCUCUGCGCUGGCCUGGCUGCUGGGCGUGGGCCUGGCCGUGCCGCCCCUCGCCACCACCUACGGCUACACCUUCACCCAGGGCGUGUGCCUGCCCGCCUGGCACCUCCCGCAGGCCACCGCCUACACCUGGACGCUCACCUCCUUCUGCAUCCUGCUGCCCUUCGCCAUCAUUCUCAUCGUGAACACCCGAAUCGUGCUGAUCGCGCGCCACCAUCAGCACCGCAUCUUCUCCGCCAUCUUCGAGGUCAUGAUGUCCGCCCAGGCCACCGUCACGCACCAGAAGAACCCCUUCGACAUUCCCAAGAAGAAGCGUAAGUCUGUGUGGACAGUAUUAGAGCAGAUCGCAGCCUUCGUGGCCUGCUACUGCCCCUUCUUCUGCACGGUGGCGUGGGAGUCCCUGCACGCCCGCCGCGCCAACCAGUACUGGGUGCUGCUGGGCACGGCGCCGCUGCUGGCCGCGCCCCUCGUCAACUCCUUCAUUUACGGCUUCAAGUGUAAAAACAUCCGCAAGGCGUUCAGGAACUACCUCAGGAAGAAGCUCUACAAGACGGAGAUGAAGCACGAGAUCCAGGCCCGCAUCCCCUCAGCCAGCAACUCGCGGCGGCCCUCGCUAUCCUCUACCCUGGCCAUGCCCAUCCUGCACCGCUCCCUGCAGCGCCGCAUGUCAGACUACCUCCUGCAGGACGCCGCCGCCAGCCCGGGGCCCAAGCUAGUACGCCGCUCCUCAGACCUGUCCUGGCACCCGCUGGAGGACGGCACGCCCUCCCCCACCCGCCUGCGUCGCCCCAUGGACACCACCAAGCUGCCUCUCUCCGCCUCCUCCGACGGAUCCCGCUCUCCUGCCAGUGUGUCCAACUUCCUGACGGUGCCCACCUUCGAGGCGGCGCGCUCCUACUGCCUAGGCCAGCAGCGCGUGCGGCUGUCCCUGUCCUCGUUAGACUCCGAGGGGAGCGUCAGCCUGCGGGACGACGAUGUCGCCGCGGACCCACUGCACCAGCACCACCAGUAUGAGGACGGCUCGCCCCUGCCCGUUGACCUGGACCUCGGCGUACCCAAGUCACAGUCUCUGUCCCUAGUGGCGUGCCGCAGCCCAGAGGCGCCGUCCGGAGAGGAGCGGACGGCGCCGGACAGUCAGACGCCUCUGCUGUGCAAGGCCUUCGAGCGCCCCGCCCGCAGCGCCAGCCUCAAUUCCUCGUCACCGCAUGUCCUGCGGACGCUGGAGGCAAUCCUGUCAGUGCGAAUCUCCCAGUCACUCCUGCGACGCGGCUCGGGCUGGGGCGGCUCCCAGGGCAGCCUGGAGCGGCUGGCCGCCUUCCUGCGGGACAGCCGCCGCCCCGCCAGCCAUUGUUCUCCCUCCGCCCUGCAGCGCCAGAGGACCGUUGAGGACACGGACCUCAGUGUGCUCACUUUCAUCACGCCGCUGCCCAACGGUAACGCCUGCGUGGCGCCCUGCGACAAGGAGCCCCGCGAGACGCCCCUGCUGGUGCCCUAAAGAGGGCAGCCCCCCCCCGCCCCGCCCCGCCCGGUGUUAGUGUAGCGUGUGUAGCCUCACCCACCCAGACACCACAGCUGACCGUGAAUAUAUGAAGGUACUGA